AUGGCGUCCGCAGACAGUUCAAGUGACAGUAGUGCUGCUAUGCCUUCCAAGAACAGUGAUGGUACAGGUAUAAAGCGUAAACACAAGUCUAUAUCGGUGCAGGCAAAAGUUGAGAUAUUACGAAAACUGGACCGCGGUGUUUCAGUGAAGAAGCUGUGUGAUACAUACGGUCUCGGUUCCUCAACAGUGUAUGACAUAAAAAAACACAGGGAGAAAAUAUUACAGUUCUUUGCAGAAAGUCAAUCUAAGAAGCAAAUGAGCAUUAGGAAAACUAUGAAAUCUGGUAAAAGCACUGAGCUUGAUCGAGUGUUGUUGGAAUGGUUUCGACAACGUCGGAGUGAUGGUGUAGACUUGUCAGGCAUCAUGGUACAGGAACAAGCUAAGUUGUAUCAUAAAGCACUAAAACUUGACUAUGAGUGUGAUUACAGUGAAGGAAGGCUGCAUAGGUUUAAGUCACGUCAUGGAAUUUCGAUGCGCAAAGUGUGUGGUGAAAAACGGUCUGCAAACCAUGAAGCAGCUGAUGACUAUGUGGAUGAGUUUGCAAAGCUUGUGGCUGAUGAAAACCUCUCCCCCCAGCAAGUUUAUAAUGCCGAUGAAACUGCACUGUAUUGGCGAUGUACCCCUAGGAAAACUUUAUCAAUGGAGGAUGAAGAAGCCCCCACAGGGUUUAAACAAUCUAAGGACAGAGUUACUGUCCUAGGUUGCUCCAAUGCUGCCGGAACUCACCGAUGCAAGCCACUAGUGAUCGGAAAAAGUAAAUGCCCUAGGGCUUUAAAAGGUGUUAAAGUGUAUCCUGUAAUUUAUCGUGCAAAUAAAAAUGGAUGGAUUACCACCGAGUUAAUGCUAGAGUGGUUUGAAAAGUAUUUUGUGGCAGAAGCCAGAGCACACUGCACAUCUGUAGGCCUACCAGAGGACUGCAAAAUCCUUCUUAUUCUGGACAACUGUUCAGCUCACCCUAGAGCUGAACUGCUGCGCAAGAAUAACGUGUUUACAGCAUACUUACCACCAAACUGUACAUCUCUUAUCCAACCACAAGAUCAAGGAAUAUUGCGCUCUAUGAAGGCCAAGUAUCGUACACUUUUCAUGAAACGCAUGCUAGAUGUGGUGAAUUCAGGCAAGCCUAUUGAGUCGUUUAUCAAAGACUUUAACAUGAAAGAUGUACUUUGGUUUGUUGCUAGUGCCUGGGAGAAUGUAAAUUCGUUAACACUAAAGAAUGGUUGGCAUAAGUUGUGGCCUGCCAUGGUGUUUGAAAAUGCACCUGAUGAAGAUCCCAGAUUUCGUGUAGCAAAUGAUGAUGAAUGUGUUCUUGAGUUACUUGAAUAUGCAAAAACUUGUACUGCAACUGCUGCCAACAACCUAUCAAGUAGGCUGAACAAAGAAAAUCUGGCAGAGUGGAUGGAUGUUGACGUUGAAACACCUGUUGUGCGUCACUGUACUGACUCUGAAAUUAUAGAUAUGGUUUUGAAUCCUGCAAAAAUCACUGAAAGUGACGAUGGUGACAGUGAAGACGAAAAUGUUAUUGAAAUCCCCACUGGUAUUGACAAGCUGAUUGAGAUGAUAAGUGAGCUAAUCAAAGGACUAGAACAACGUAACUUUGUGACAGAACAAGAGCUAAUGCAUUUUCACUUGAUGAAAGAAAAACUGUACAGGGAAAGGUCAAAACUUAUGAAACAACCUCGCCUUGAUGUCAUGUUUAAGAAGCUAUGCAAGAAUGUGCCUAAGAGCAGUACCUGUUCUCUAGCAUCUCCAAUUCCUCCAAGUUCUAGAUCAUGUCCCUGUUCCCCAGACAUCCCAUGUGCAACUGUCCCACCUGAAAUACUUCUUCAAGACCACGCUGAUGAUUAG